AUGAAAUCAGUAAUAUCAUCAUCAUCAUCAUCCAAAGCAUCAUCAUCAUCCAAAGCGUCAUCAUCAUCAUCCAAAGCAUCAUCAUCAUCGUCAUCCAAAGCAUCAUCAUCAUCGUCAUCCAAAGCAUCAUCAUCAUCGUCAUCCAAAGCAUCAUCAUCAUCAAAUAUGUGCUUACCAUGUACGAUUCUAGUUUAUUGUAGACGUAAGAAAUAUUAG